CUGCCAUAGAUUGUUGUUGAAGUUUUCCGCCGACCUCGUUAUUUUGCUGACGUCUAUAUCACGCAAAAGAAAUCAUGUCCUCUAUUCGUACCGAAGAUUCGGCACACCCGCACGUGGGCCGUAAGCAACGACAGAGUGUCCACUCACGAAACAAGAAGGGAGCGUCAUUACGUGGCCUCUUUGUCUUACGCAACGCGUUUAGGCCUGAGGAGAUGCAAAAAACCCGCGACCAAGCAGCGGCUCUUCUGAGCGAUGAGCAUAAUCAGUUUAUGCAUUUGGGCGGGAAUUUGCCGAAUUGGGUUCAGGAUACGUUGUUAUCCGGAUUAACGGAGAAGAUGGAGGAGGUGUUGGAGCGGGGACUAUGCUGUAGUUUGGCGGAUCAUGAAGCUGAAGGGAGAAGCGCUGCUGAAGGGGAAAUAAUAGAGCGAGGGACGGAAGAUGAUACGAACACUAAAGCGAUAGGACGUCCAGUUAUCGUACCUGUUGUGGUUCCAUUAGAUGAAGAUUUCUUCUUAGACACACGAAGACACGACGGGAACGAUCCAGAAAAGGAGAAGGCGUCAGAUGAAGCUCCUCUGACGAAGGUUAAGAUUUUUGAAGGCGCAAGAACAUCAUCAAGGAAUCGCCUUUGCUUGGAAGUUUACGGUUUAGAUUUACCUAGCCUGCAACAAGGAUAUCAAGCUGACGAUGGUGUUGGGGAAAGCUUGACGAAGGCCUUUGAAACACGUUGUACUGGUGUUACUAGCAAAUCCUCCGUGCCAGCACCCGAUGUUGAGGGAAACCACGCCAGCCCGUGCGUCGCUUCUGAUGAAAGCAAAAGCAAGAGGCGUCGAAUAGAUGACGAGGAGCGCGAGACUACUGAGCACGCAUCACGAUCACAUCCAAAGUCUAUACGUUCCCUGUCAGACCAAGCAGAAGCCGCUUGCGAAUCGUUGAUGCAUAACUUUUUUGACUUCGAUCAAUUUAGAGAAAGUUUCGACUCUAUGAUAGUGAAUCGAUAUUAUCAGGCAGAUGGAGAAUGCGAAAAUAAAGGUGGAGGCUAUCUAAAACCACAUUUGGAUUUGCUUCGCUUUGGACAUUGUAUUCUCGGAUUUUCGUUAUGCGGAAAAGCAGUGAUGCAGUUUUUUGAAAUCCUGCCGAAAAGUCAAAAUAAAGGGGGUACCUGCUCCGAAAUCAUCAAACCAAGAGAUUUAGUACCGGGAGAUGGCGAUUUGGUCCUCCCAGGAGAAGAGCAACGGCUAGUCGAAGAUCAAAGAUUGGGGAAGCUUUUGCUUAGCUUACGCCUCAACCCUGGAGACGUCUACAUUCUAACAGAGUCAGCAAGAUACGCGGUCGCACAUGGUAUUCAUUCAGUGGAAGGAGAACGGAUAUCCGUUACUGUGAGACAGUGAAGAGGAGCUACAUGAACAUGAUUUAGUUUUAGUUGUACCCUAAACCCACCAAAUUCAACUUUUCCGGUUCUGUCUCCCCAUUCCUGCACGACCACAAGAUGAUGAAGCUGAAAGACUUUCUUGUCGUAACUUCGUAUCGAUUGCACCCGGAGUAUUUCAAUUUCACG